AUGUCGGACCAGCACCAGGGCUCCGCGCCCCCGGGAAACGACAACGCCAAUACCAAUACACCCUACCCUCCCUACCCCAACGUAGCGUCACCAUCUUCAACCUACAGCGGUACCGGUACAGACAACACACCGACAUCUGGUCAGCCACGCUCUAAUACUGCACCGUAUCCCUCAUACCCUUCAGCGGACAGUAGUCACAGUUCAGCUUACCCGUCCCAGCCCAAUGCCAAUGCACCAACUACGCCGUACCCUACCGGGGCAGGUGGGAGCCUGGCUGCGACAUACUCACAAUCAAGCACAGAGCAACACCAGCCAGCACAAGCAUUACCACAGACAUACUCAACUGUGUUUGGUGCGAGUAGUGUGGCGCCGUACCCAGGAGGUCCUACGUCGCAACAUAGACCCGAGGAGAUGCCUGCUUCUUAUUCAUUAGCACAGGGACUGUCCUCGGCACCGUAUCCUGGCAGUGGGGAUGAGUACAAGAGCCGUGACCUAGUAACGGGUAUGUUAGAGGAUAUCGCUUAUAUGAUGUUAUUACUGAGUUUAUUUGGAAACGACCAGUAUACACAGUCGCAAGGUGUUUCCGUCAGAAUUGAUGUUCUUUAA